AUGGCUAGUGAAGAGGAUAUGAUGAUAUUGCAAAAUGGUCCUGGAAAUGCCAAGUACACAAGUCCAGCUGUUCAAAAGCAGCUUUUGAACAUUCUUGAUAAUAAAGUGAGGCAAAUGAUUUGUGAAGAACUUGGUGAUGCAAAAUUUUACAUUCUUGUUGAUGAAGCAGUUGAUGCAGCUGGCAAGGAGCAAAUGUCUAUUAUUUUGAGGUUUGUUGAUCGUCAAGGGUUUAUUCGAGAACGAUUCUUUAAGAUAGUAAGUGUUCCUGACACAACCUCAUUAACUCUUAAAUUAGAGAUAGUUAAAGUUCUCAGUAUGUUCAAUUUGCACGUGAGAAAUAUGUGUGGUCAAGGAUAUGAUGGUGCAAGUAACAUGAGUGGUAUUUGGAAUGGCUUACAUGCAAUGUUUCUAGUAGAGUGUCCAUCUCCAUAUUACGUUCAUUGUUUUGAUCAUCGGUUGCAGCUAGCAUUGAAUGGUGCGGCUAAGCGAGUUCAUGAUUUAUGCCGCUUAUUUUGUACUUUGUUGUUAGUUGUGAACUUUGUCGAUUCAUCUGCUAAGCGCAAGGGUGCACUAAAAGCUGCUAGAGAUGAUAAAAUCCAAGAUUUGAUAGCUCUUAACACUCUUCAAACUGAUCCUCAUGAUAAGUUCAGCCUCUUCGAAACUCAAAAGGUACUCCUUCUUGCUAAGAAGUUUUAUCCUCAAGAUUUUAUGCAUGAAGACCUUCUUACUUUGGAAUUGGAGUGUCCAUAUCAUAAGAAGGAUAUGACUCAGAUGUAG